UGCGUUACUGACUGACAGCCAAAGAAAAAGCAGCACCUUAUCUGUUCGCUGAUAUGCAAAUAUUUUCAAGGCUCAGCAUGCCUCCGUCAGCAGGAGGAAACGGGAAGAAUUUAUUUUUCUAAGAGGGAGGUGCCACAAAGUCUGAAGCGUGUCAAAGUUACUGUACCUCCAAACAUUAUUGGGACUUGUGAGGGACUUCUGCGGACAAACAGGACACGAGGAGACAGACACGAGCAGUGAAGUCAGUCCAUGAGUAUCCCACAUCGUCUAUGCUGCUGAAAAGAGGCCCAGAUGCUCCAGGAUGGAUCAGGCACUUCCCAGCCAGAGCCCAGCGUCAGACCUGCUGGAAGCAGACAGCGAGGAGCUGCAGCUCAGAGUGGACUUCUUCAGGAAGCUGGGUUACUCCUCAGCAGAGGUUAAGGCUGCUCUGAGGAAGCUUGGCCUCAACACAGACACUAACUCGGUGCUGGGGGAGCUGGUUCGGAGCAGGACUGGCACUGCACCCUGCUCUGACAGCGAUGACAGGAACCAAAAGGACCCUCUGCUGCCCCCCAGUUGGGCUAUUGGACCCUACCGAAUCACACAAAAACCAGUGGAGCAGAGGAAUUCAGAUGCAGAAUUGAGACCUAUUGUUAUUGACGGCAGCAAUGUUGCUAUGAGUCAUGGGAACAAGGAAGUGUUUUCAUGUCGUGGCAUCCAGCUCGCAGUGAACUUCUUCCUGGACAGAGGUCAUAAUACCAUUACUGUGUUUGUCCCAACUUGGCGCAAAGAGCAGCCCAGACCUGAUGCCCCAAUAACAGAUCAACACGUCUUGACGGAGCUUGAAAAAAUGAAAAUAGUGGUCUUCACUCCAUCGCGCCGUGUCGGUGGUAAGCGGGUGGUUUGCUACGACGACCGCUUUAUCGUCAAGGUGGCAUAUGAGUCGGAUGGAGUGAUCGUAUCCAAUGACACCUACCGUGACCUCCAAGGAGAACGACCUGAGUGGAAGAAAUGCAUCGAGGAGAGGCUUCUCAUGUUCUCCUUUGUGAAUGACAAGUUCAUGCCCCCGGAUGACCCUCUGGGUCGUCAUGGCCCGAGUCUUGACAACUUCCUUCGGAAAAAGCCUCUCCCUACAGAGCAAAAGAGACAGCUCUGUCCUUAUGACAAAAAGUGCACUUACGGCCUCAAAUGUAAGUUCUACCAUCCAGAGCGAUCGAACCAGUCCUACCUUUCCUUGGCGGAUGAACUGAGAGAAAAAGCCCAGAUUUCUACUGUAAAAGAAGAAAGAAAUGCCAGAUUAUCACCCAGACAGCAUCAGACCGAUCCUGCUCAUAAUGCCUUUUCCUAUCCUAUAGACUCUACCAAAGAGCACACAAGAGACAGGCAAAGUCCUUCACAUCCCAGUCAGGUUUAUGAAAAUACACUGCUGUACAGGGAGGAUCAGAGAAAAAGUCCUAAUCAAAUGCCCUGUUCUGUAAGCCAGUGUAAUACCGAGUGGCCUGGGAUGCACUCCAUGCCCAGUCAUUACUAUGCCAACAUCUCUCACGAGUACCUUGAUUCUGGCCUUGGGUCUUAUGAGAGUCAGUACUCUGACUAUUCGCAUUGCCUCAGCAACCCCAACAGGCCCAGGCCCCAGCAGUUAAGUGCCGUCGCCGGACCCAGACAGGCCCCAGUGCAUUUAGAGAACAAAAACACCAGCCAGUCUUGCAGGUGCUGUUCCCAUGUAGGGCCCUCAACAGUUUACCAGCAGUCUCAUGGAAACCCAGACUGCAAGGGUCAUUCCCCAUAUGACAGCUACCCUCCUCACAUGUUCCCGCCUGGUGUGCCUCCCCAAAACAGUCAUCUCCAUUACGGUGGAGCCCCGCAUCAUCAGCAAAGUUACUGGUCGGAUCCAUUUCAGGGGCUGCCCCAAGCCAGGACUCCGUGUAGUGUCCCCUCUUCAGCCCACUCCUCACACACCAACAGCAACUCUUACCAAGGCCAGCAGUACCACUCUUGGGGCCCACAGCAAGGAUCCCCUGUUGCGUUUGACCCACAAAAAAGGAUGGAUCUCCGCAAGAAACUGCAAGCCAUCUUCAACCCCAGUCAGGUGGAUACCGUCAUGGAAAUGUAUCCACAUGUGACGAAUGCAGAGAAACUGGCUGCAGAGAUCCUGAACCUGAAGGCUCAGAGAGUGAUAUUCUGAUAAUCCUCUGAUGAUUUACUUCCAUUGCUUCCUUUUAAGUCAGAACUACCAUCACACUUGUGUUGACUAACAUAGCAAACAAGGAUUAAAUUGGAAAGCUUAAUUGCGUCUACAGAUGAGUGAUCGUGAUCAUGAUAAGGCAAUUUGAAUAUGUUUAAUUCUGUCUCUAAGUUGCCAAUGCAGAACUGCAAAUGUGACUUCCUAUUUAUGAACAGUUAAGACAUCUGUGCUAUGUAUGUGUAUGACAUCAUAGUCAAAUGUGACCUUGUGAUCCAAUGAUUUGGAUGAAAUGUGCUUCUUUAACAAAAAAUGUAAGCCUAGUGUUUCUAGAGUUUUGACUGUUGAUGCAUAUUGUGUCAAAUGUUAUAUAUUUUAUUCCAUUUCCCAUAAUAAGUUCUCAUGCAACAACAAAUGGCUGUGUAAAGUUUAAUGUUUGUAUUUGUAUUUCACUGUAGUUCUCCAGAGAAAUGGGUUUUUCUAUAUUAUCUCUGAGAAGUAGGUUUGAGAAUUCAGCUGGUGUCAAUCGAGUUGGAGAUCCACCCUCACAAAUGUUAAGGAACAAGGAAGCUGAUAAUUAUUUUAUACAAGCAAAAGUAAUUUGCUUGUGUGUCAUCACUCUUUCCUGUAAAUCUGCAUCAGUUUCAUGAAACACUCCCGGAACAAGUGUUGUGUAAAUGUGUACUGUUCGAUACAUUUACAGUAAGCAUGUCUAAAUAAAAAAGAUUCUAAAUAAAAAUGA